AUGGCGGCCAAGCGGUGCCAGCGGCUGGAGCCGGCGCUGGCGCGGGCGGCGCUGGCGGAGGCGGACGCGCUGCUCUUCGACUGCGACGGCGUGCUGUGGCGCGGCGAGGCGGCCGUGCCGGGGGCGGCCGAGGCGCUGGGCCGGCUGGAGGCGCGCGCGGGCAAGCGGCUCUGCUACGUCACCAACAACUCCUCGCGCACGCGCCAGGCCUACACGGAGAAGCUGCAGCGCCUCGGCUUCCCGCCGGCCGAGCCGCGGCAGGUCUUCGGCUCCGCCUACUGCUCCGCACGGUACCUGCGCCGCGCGCUGCCGUCCGGCGCCGCCGCCUACGUGGUGGGCGGGGCGGCGCUGAGCGCGGAGCUGGAGGCGGCGGGCGUGGCCCACCUGGGCGCCGGCCCCGCCCCCGCGCCCGGCUCCGCCCUCUUCGGCGCGCGCGCCCCGCUCGACCCCGCCGUGGGCGCCGUGCUGGUGGGCUUCGACGAGCACUUCAGCUACGGCAAGCUGUGCCUGGCGCUGCGCUACCUGCUGGAGCGCGACGGCUGCCUGCUGGUGGGCACCAACCGCGACCACCGCCUGCCGCUGGAGGGCGGCAGCGCCGUGCCCGGGACCGGCUGCCUGGUCAAGGCGGUGGAGACGGCGGCCGAGCGCGAGGCGUUCAUCGUGGGCAAGCCGAGCCGCUACAUGUUCGAGUGCGUGGCCAGCGAGUUCCGCAUCGACCCCGCGCGCACCAUCAUGGUCGGCGACCGCCUGGACACGGACAUCCUCAUGGGCAACAGCUGCGGCCUGACCACGCUUCUGACCCUCACGGGGGUCACCACACUGGAGGAGGUGGAGGGCCACCGCUCCAGCGACUGUCCCCAGCGGAGGAGCCUGGUCCCCGACUACUACGUUGACAGCAUAGCGGACCUCCUCCCUGCGCUUCAGGAUUGAGCAAGGGGGUCGCCCCAGACAGUGUGUCUCGCCCUGCCCUGCCCUGCCCUGCCUGCGGGAGCGUGUCACGGCUCCUGCUGCCAUGCACAGAGUCGCUGCUUGCAACUUAAGAUGCUUUUAGUGCAUAAUUUGCCGUCUGAGUUGUUUACAAAUUCCUUUUAAAAUGCACUUUGUAACAAAGAGGGAAGUGUGUUGCAUACAUUAGCUUUUCCGAUGUUGUGAAACUUCCAGUAUGUCUGAAAGCACCCACAGUGUUAAGAUAUCAGGGUAAAGCCUUGCUCAAUUGGGUUGAAAGGGAUCGGGCAGCUUUGGUUAAACCUUGCACUGUGGUCUUUUGUGGAAGUUAUAGCCCAUGUUGGGAAAUUCAGGGAACCAAGCAGCUGGAGGGCAGUUGCUCUUUUUCGGUCUCUAAAGCUCAACUUUAAGCUUACUCAGGUCCCAGUUUUAGACAGCUUGUUUCAGAGAUGAUUUCAGGGAAAAGGAGAUCACCUGUAUGCCCAUCUGUGUCCUUGCUGUUGUUUCUCCUUUCCACACAACCAUUUGCACUCGCUCAAUAUGCAAAACGUGAAUGAUAAUGUGGCGUUCUGUGUGUUCUCACAAGAUAAUAGAUGUGUGUAUAUAUAGUGAUGUGAAGAACGUCAGAUAAUCUAUUUUAAAAGUGAUUAUAAUAUAUUGAAGGUGGGUUUUAUUGAUCUGGAGGGAUGUAACUAAUCAGAAUUCUUCCUCAUGCUUUUCAGUACGUACCACAGCAGUACCAGCAUAAUCCACUAAGUAACACCAUUUCACUAAGCAGACAGGUUGCUUGAACAUUGAGCAGGAAUUCAAAUAUGACACACAAACAUGGCCUGGCUCACUUGUGAGUCUUGGAGGCAAAGGUGACUUGCAUAACCGGUACCUUCAUAAAUGGUUGCAGUUCUGCUCGGCGGCUAUUUUGGUGUCAGCGCUGGUGAAGCAAAUAUAGCAACUUGCUCAGGGCUUCCUGUCAGAGCUCACUUGUUAGGUUGAUUGGAGGACCCAAAAAACUCCUUUGUAGAUUUGCCUUGCUUGAAAAGGGAUGUCGAAGCUCCUUUGUUCUGCCGUUUUGUGGGCAGCAUAAAGAGCUGCACUUCCUAGUGCUACAUCUCAAGAAAUUAGACAUGAUAAUGUAGAAACCUAACAUUUGGCAAUCAGGAUAUUUCAUCUUUCAGAUGUAACCUUUAUGACCCUGGCUAUGGGAAGAUGACGCUUCCUGUACUGCAGAUGCUCGAAACUUCUGAGCUUGCCACGUUUUCAUGCAGCAAUAAUUGUGUUCUCCACAGUGGAAGAUACUUUCUGUUUAUUAAGUUAGUGUCAAAGUUCACACUUUUUAGGAAGCAUUUAAGGUGCACAGUGAGAUCUUCCCUGCUUCUUAAAAGAAAGUGUGCCCUUUUUAGGAUUAUCAAACCCUCAUUUGUAAACUUAAAGAUUGCUUUCCACUUUUGAUAAUUCAAACUGUUUAUUUCUGUUUGGAAUGACUGUAAAAUACCAUAAUGUCCUUUUGGGGACUUUUGCUUAUGCAAUUCUGGAGAGAUUCAGUCAAGAGCGUAUUGUUUAGACCUUCUCUGCAGCUGUUCAGACAAACUUGCCAACCCCUUGCACUCUUUUUAUCUUUGUUGCGAAACUCUGCUGGUGAAAGACAAAAGUAGUCUCUGUAAAACUGUUCAAGAACUUCAGGCCUAUACUUGAGUCACAUUAAACAUACAUCUCACUA